UUAUGUAUUUAGCUCUGGCAUCUCGUAUAUCCUUCGUAACUGCUAGACCGCCGAGUGACUCUCCACAGUCAAACAAACGCAUUACAGCAUGCAAAGUGAUUAACCUGGCACUCGACCUUGUCAAGCUGAGGCGGAGUCAAGAUUGUACUGUACCCCCAAUUUAAGCUGUCUCUUAGCGGGAUCCGGCGUAUUUAAUCCCACGGCACUGUGCUCAUUCUCAAGCAAGCAAACAACUUCCUCUGCUCAGCAACUUUGACGACUCAUCACACCAUAAAUCCAGAAUCUUCCACGACACAGAAAGUAAAUUUCAGCAGACGAGGAAUUCUUCCCAGCGCUCAAAGACACCAUAACCGACGAUCAUACAGGAUUAUCACAAAUCAGCGUUGCGAUCGCUGACCAAGAGCGGGACGGAGACGUCAAAUUGAUGGAAAACCAACACUUGAUUGAGCUCGACGGAAGGACCGGCGAGGGCGGCGGACAGCUAGUGCGCAUAGCAUGCGCCCUCGCUGCCGUCGCGACUCAACCGAUUCGGAUCACACACGUCCGGGGCAACCGGGAAGGCCCUCGAGGCGGAGGCUUGAAAUCGCAGCAUGUCACGGCAAUCGAAUAUCUCGCCAAGGCCACGGCAGCCGACGUGACGGGGCUCUCAGUGGGCAGUCACACACUGGAGUUCCGCCCCCGGCUCAAGCCGUCGGCGCUGAUAGAAGGCAAGGACCGCACCAUCAAGAUCUCGGCCGACUCGCCGGCAGCCUCCACCCUGCUCAUCUUCCAGGCCGUCUUUCCCUUUCUCCUCUUCGCGGGCACCGAGAAGGGCGAGCCCAUCACCCUCGAAAUCUCGGGCGGAACCAACGUCUCCUUCUCGCUCUCGUACGAGUACCUCGAUCAAGUGCUACUCCCCACCCUGCAGGACGCGUUCGGCAUCUCCGUGGAGCGAAAAUUGCACAGCCGCGGCUGGAGCCUCGGUAAACUGCAGCGCGGCAAGGUGACGUUCAGUUUCACACCGCUGAAGCCGGGCGAAACGCUCAAGCUCAGGGAAGCGGGGUCCAUCUAUAACGGUAGUCCCGGGAGGGAUGUGGAAAUCGAAGAGGUGGACGUGUCGAUGAUCGUCCCGGCGGAAAUGCACGAACCACUAACGGACGCACUCGUCGCUGACCUUGAGGAGCUGUUCCCGGGAGCCAAAGUCAAUUUCAAGAUCAUUGAGGACAGCGGAGCGGAUUCAAGGGUUUAUGUCCUCCUAGUGGCAAAAUCAGGUGCGCUGCGCUGGGGGAGCGACACUCUCUCGUCUAUGCCCAAGAAGUCAAAGGGCAAGUCCGGGCCGCGGCCGACCAUUUCAUUUUGUGAGGACAUCUCGCGUCGGAUAGCUAAGAAGCUGUUCGACGAGGUGGCGACUGGUGGAGUGGUCGAUGAGUUUCUUCAGGACCAGCUUGUGAUCUUCCAAGCGCUCAGCGAAGGCAGGACAUCCUUCCCUCGAGGCGAGAAUGACAGCGGUGGACUGGAGCAGGCCGUGGAAAACUUGGAGAUCGACGAGCGCAUGCGCAAGGACAGGACAGACAAGCCGUUCGGCGAAGGCAGCUUGCACACCACUACAGCACGUUGGGUGACGGCGCAGCUGCUCCCAAGCGUUGCGUGGUACAACAAGGGGAAGAUUUGCGAAGGCGUCGGAAUGAAUAUGGGAUCCGGAAAGGCACGCUGAAGCGGGAACCCAGUCUGGGUGGAGCGUGCAUUGUAUUAUAUACCCGCGUUCAGCGCUUGAGCUGGUUCGGGCUGGGAGAGGAGU